AUGCUUCGUGGUUUCUUGAUCUGUUUCUUCUUGUUCGCAGCACUAGCCAGUGUCUCAAAUGCGUAUGUCUUGGACUAUGAGGUUCCAGAGAGACAAGCCCGUGGAGACGUCCCAUCGGUCUUCUUCUCUCCAUUCCGUAUGGUUGGAAAACGAUCCCAAUUCUAUGGAUUGUACAAACAACUUGGCAACAACAAGAGAGAGUCCUCGUUCGAAUAA